GGGUGGCCAAUAUCUGUCACUGCGACAACAUCAGCAAGGUGUCACUGACUUCAGAUCCAAGCUGUCACCUUUUCCUCAACCUUGCCAGCGAGAGGUGGUGUCCCCGUUGGAUUACCUACCCAUCGACGAUGCGAAACCAUUCCUCCUUCAGAAGCUAACGAAAACGGCCAUUCUUAAUUUCUCUCUUUUGACUGGGCGGAGGGCUUGUUUGACUGGCGAGAGAAAGCUGAAAGGUCAAAGGUUGUGAGGGUGGAGCCUGAUGGAUCAUGGUGGUCAGUUGGACAAUGAGGGCGAUGAGGGCAAAGUAAUGUCACAAGUUGUGGUUGCUGAGGACGACUGUUGUGACAACAAACCCCACCCCGAACCUCACACUGCCCAACCUCAAAACCUCAAUGAGAUCAACCCAGCCACUCGGAUUGAACAGACGUCAGCUCUACAAAAUGAUUUUGGAGCUGGACUCCCCUUGAAAGUAUCUCUCAACAACAAUGGGGAGAAAAAGGAGGAGUUGGAGAAACACAAGGAAGAAGAACAGGAUACUGAUGAGCUGAUGAAGGAUGAAGAGGAGGAAUCAGAGGCAUCAAGUUGCCAAAUGCACUGCCAGUUUCCAGAUACACCCAUGAGUGAUUCCUCCUAUUCAGAAACAGGAAGUCUGCUGGAGAACCCUUUCAGUCCUGGGACGAGUCCAGAGCCUACAUCCCCUGUCCUCCAGGAAACAUCAUGUCCCAUCAGCCGGUUGGAACUGGACCGGAGUCAAGUGGACUUUGGUGGGCUCACGUCCAGCACACCAGGACAUGCCUUGAUCACAGGGCCCUUGCUGUCUUCUCAUCUAUCUUUAACCUCAGACACAGGCCUGAGUUGUACUAAUGGACCUGAACAGAUCUCAGCAACGACUGCCAGAAAUGCACACUCCACUUCAGAACCUCUUACCGCUUCCUCUCCCCCGAUUGAAGGGCUUGCAUGCCCUAGUCUAUCUGACCUUCACUUGGAGACGACAUCCGUCAUGACGCCCCUUACAUCCGACGCAUAUAAUAGCCAAACGGCACAGCCCUUUGCCGUCUCUACAGGGCAUGCGACUAGUGCACACUCCACUUCUCAAAUGACACCGACACACACAGAUCCGUAUACUUCCUCUUCAGUGCCCACCAUCUCUACUCUGAUGGCUUCCCUGGAACAGUUGGCCAAGAGAGGAGAUGAUACUUGCCUUCCACAAGACCUUCAUCGGAUUGCCGAGGCCUCUGUCCAUCAUGAAGAUUACCAGUUGGCUUUAGAGUGCAUUCAACUGGAGAGGCUGUAUCACCAAAGAGUGUUGGACAACCUGAAUGCUCUCCAGAAACAGUGGGAAAGUCGGUGUACAAGAAGUUUGCCUAGCCCAGAAGCCCGACAUCUGGACACUCUCAGAGACAUUUGCCAGACACACACCCGACCAAACGCAUCGGAUGCAGCGUCUGCAUCUCUGAGUUUCUUGAGUCCCCCGCUUGAACAAAGAGAUGCAUUACCUCCAUCAGCCCGUCACGCUGAAGGGAGGAUGGAGAAUAGAGCCGAAGACUCCUCCUGUCCACAGACCGUCCAUCCACUCACACCCUCCAUUCAUCUGUCACAUGGGCUCGAUUACCCCGACGAAAAGGAUAGGGAAUCCCCCGAAUGCAAUUUAGAAGGGACGGAUGGUUUCCGUGGGAUUGAGCGGGCUAAGGAGGAGGCCAGUGGCAGAGAGCAAGGGGAGUGUCCGGAACACACCACUGCAGAAGUGUUACACCCCUCUGAAGCUGGACAAAUGGAUCAGACCAAACCCGCAGAGCAGCAGGGAGGAGAUUUGGGUUCGACACAGGAAAAGGAGGUGAAUAGGGAAGACGAGCGGAGCAAUGUAGGAGAGGCAGCAGAGCCGUUGAUGAUGGAAGAUGAGACUGAAGAAGAAGAGGGCGAGGGAGGGACGAAAGCAGUCGGUGGGUUAGAUGUGGAGGUGGAACAUCUGCACCAGGAAACUCAAGAGGCAGAAAAAGAGAUUUGUCAAGAGAUCAAGGGAGGAAAUCAAAGCAGCCUGCAGAAGGAUGAUGAUGAUGAUGCCCAUCUUCCUAAAGAGGCUCUUCUGAAACACCCCAAGCGGGGCAGCGAGGAAGAGGAGGACGAAUAUGAGGCUGAGCGGGCUGAUUUCUUCCCAGAAGCGAUCACACUGGACGACAUGGCAAAACUCAUCACUGUCGAGGAGAUGUUUCCUGCCUCUGGCCUCAUCUCCAUUUUGAAGAAGAGGAAUUUCCCUUCCGACAAUUUUAGUAUGUCUGCUAGUCCGAAGUCCAGAUCCAACAAACCCACGACCAAAAGACGGGUCCGCUUCAAAGUAGCAGAUGAUGGCUUUGAUAGUGAUGUUGGUGGCAGAGACUCCUGCCUGCUACUCUUUCUGCUUUGUCUGGUUACUGUGGUGAUCAGCAUGGGCGGCACCACCCUUUACUGUGCUCUGGGUGACGUGCACUCCUCUGUAUGCCAGGACUUUUCCAGAAAUGUGGACUUUUACUUUGGACAGGUGCAACGCGCAGUAGCUCAGAUCCAUCAAUGGUUAGGCCCGAGUUCGACGUAACGCCUCGUCACAAAAGGGACAGACAACAAUCUACUUCGUACAGGUCGGUGUCAUCCAAGAAAUGAGAGAAGUGGGGACAUGUCACGACCCCCAGAGUUAAGAAAUCUACCAAGACUGGAUCCAUACUUCUCACUGGCCUCACUCAAGAUCACAGGAAUAACGACUGACACUGCAGUCAGGUGUUUUAAGGGAAAAAAAGGGAGGGCUCCAACGUGCUCUCUACACAUGCUGCACAAAUAACGGCCUCAUGGGCAUUUUGCAAAACGUUGCAACCUCCAGGGUUGCUUUUAUGAACUUGUAUUUUUUUUUGUCUAAUCACAAAUGAAAAAAAAAAUGUGCAUUGCUUAAGUCUUAAUCAUGUCUUAACACGCUGACUGAAUGUUUUCAGUCAUAUGUAAGGCAUUUACGCAAUCUUCAAGCUUUCUUUUUAAUCGAAAUUGAGCUGUUGCCGGACCACAGAAAAUUUACAGCAAAUGACACUGUUCUUCACCUAUGCAUUGUUCGACCACUUGGCAGUGUGUUCCACUUGUACUUUUAUAAAUUGAUCUAAAACUUACAGCUACAGGAAUGUUUAACAUGACCGGUACGAUUUGUUAUGUUGUUGUAAUAUUGCAAUAUUAUUCUCAGACUAGAGACCUCUUGCAACUAAUAAUUAUUCAAUAUAUGUGUGAUGUUAUGUAGCAUUGUGUCUGCCCAGUUGGGUCUCUGCAUCUCAGGAUUUCUGGGGAGCAUCCUCAUUGUGAGAGCCACUGCUGUUUUGUUUCCUCAAAUUUGAAAGUUUCUUUACCCUUUGGGUGGAGAGCUUUUCUUCACCAUUCAAUUUUGGAUUAUUAAAGCGUUUCUGCAUUCGGUAUCCAUACAUGUCAUGUUGCAUGUCGUGUCGGAUACCCACAAACAUGCUGAAAAUAUAAAAUACUGCAAAGUUAUAGUUUUUACACAUCAGAGGAGCUUCCAUGCCGUGUCUUAUAGGCAUUAUGAAUCGUCUUAGAUUAAAGCAGUAUUAUCAAAAGUUCACAUCAUGAUGGAAAGCAUUGUAGAUUCCUUCUUGUUUUUAUUUGCACGAGUCGUCUGGCUGGUUCAGAUGACUCAGAAUAUGUUGUUUAAUUGUUUCUUAAUUUAUGACUUAACAGAUGCAAACAUUUUGAUCAGUUUGAUCAUUUUCCUCACUUAAUUGUUGUUGCACAUUAGAGACGCUUUUAAUCUUUCAUGUUGGCAUUACUUAUCAGGCUACUUUAUUUUGUCUUGUAAUCAUUGCUUUUUAACAGCACGUGUAAUUUGUUUUUUUUUUUUUUUUUUUACUUUUCUACCAGACAGGUCACAUUAUUGUCACAUUAGAUAAUCAUGUUCGUCUUCUCUUAUGAGCAUAAAUGUAUAAAAAGAGCUUACAGAAAAAUGGCAAUGUGUAUCAUUAAGUUCUGCGUGACAGACAUGAGCUGACGACAGCCAUGUUCACUUUGGUCUGAAAAUUUGUGGAUGUCCCACGUUAAAACGAAAAAGUCUCAAUGUGUUGAGAAUUUGUGUUGAAAUACAUUUUAAAAAGUCAUGUAACGUUAAAUGUCUUUGUUGCCUGCAGAUUUUAAUGUAAAACAUGAUCUGAACUUUUCUAUUUUGUAUUUUCUUUUAAUGAAAUCUUAACAAGGCAUCGUUUCCAAUCAAAUCACUGAGGUUUGAGCUUGGGGAGAAAAAAAAUAUUUGGUACCUGUUCAUGUCUAACCUGAAGUAAAGUCUGGGGUUGAGACAUGGA